AAAAAAAAUUAACCUUGAUUUAACUAGGUGGAGGGUAUUUGUGAAGAGGAUGUGUCACCUGUAGAGAAGGUUGAGCUCACUGACCAGGUUGUUGAGGUUUUCAGACUCCUUGUUGCUGUUUGUAAAGAUCGUUUGAGCGGAGUAUCGAAAGAGGUAAGGUCUGGCUUGACGGAGUUCUCCGAGAGGGUUAUUGAGCACCCGUCACUACCUCUGGAUAUCCGGAGCAAUGCCGGGAUCAUCCUCGUCUCCUCCCUCUCCUCACAGGAGAUCAGAGUUCUCCUGGAGAAGGAGAAGGGGAAGGAGGACGUAGACUGUUUCGCUGGCUCUAGGUUAAGUUUAGCUCACGGAGUUCUUGCUUGUGCGAAGCCGAGUUUGUUGGCCGAAGACCAGAACAGGGAAUGUUUAUUUAAUCUUCUUCUUAGAAUAUAUCUUGAAAUCUCGUCUACAGUUCAGACCACCAGCCUAGUAAUGGGAUACAGCAGAGGUCUGCUAAAUUGGUCAGCUAAUUUUCUACAGGCAUGCAGAAUGGAAUUGGUGAAGGAUUUUCAGGGGUUAGAAGCAACCCUAGAGUUCUCUUGGUCACACCUUGAGCACUCUAUAGACUCCGUUCGACAUAAUACUAAGGAGUUCUUAAACAAUAUCAUCUGUGCUUGUAAACUAUUAGGAGGACCUGGAGAAGCAAUGCUUAAUUUGUUCUUGAAGCAAACCCUCUCUCUUCCAGCUCAUAAGAAAGCUAGAUUCUCCAGUCUGUCAUGUCUUAUCAGGUCUGGAAGCCUGGAUAAAAUACUAGAGAUAAACCCUAGGUUUAGAGAGGAGAUACUUGAACUAGUUGAAGAAUACGCGCUAGUUGGACCAAUCACUGACCUGUAUGAGAACAUUAUAAAAGCUGAUUACAGGACGGACGAGGCUGGAGUAGAAAACUGGUUUAAAGGGACAGUACGUCCUCUUCUAGCUCAGCUACAGACCUCGGACAACCUCGGUGCCUCGCAACUCUCACGAAAUUUGUUAAAUAAAUGCGGAAAGCAGAAUACUGGUCUGGUUCGGCUGAUAUUCAAGGAGGAGGAGGGAUUGCAGGGGAAACUAGGAUUAUACUGUCUCAGGCUUGGCCGUCAGUUGGGAAAUCCAUGGAACUAUUUAGAACACAGGAAGUUGAUUGAACGAAGCCUUGAAAGCUCUGAUGAAGAGGAACGACUCCAGGCACUCUCUUUGCUGGUUGAAUCGCUUAGUUCUGUUGAGAGAUUUCAUAUCUUUGAGCUCAAUACAAUAUUCAAAUUUACAGAAAGAAAUCUAAGCUUACCUGGAGCUUCUAGCAGACAGGUCUUACUGGCAAAUCUAAAGAAGCUUCUUACCAGACUCAGGGACGGAGCAGCUGCCUGCCUGAAGAAGCUCACUCAACCUAGGCUUGUCACUGAGCAUCCAGAAUUGGAGAAAACUGUAGAAGCAUAUUCUCACUUUGUUCCAAAUCUUGUCAGAAUGCUGUUCCGAAAUUUGUUCCCCGGUGCCAACUUUGCUCGGAGAGGGACUGUUCUUCAGAUUCUAACAGAGGUGAACCUACUGUUGAGUCUAACUACUCCUCCAUCCUGGUGUAAUAAAGGAAAACUACUCCUAGAUUCUCCAGGAUGUUCAUCUCUCUACUCCAUGCUUGAGGACUCAUACGAGACAAAUAAAGAGAAAGCUCUCAAUAUUCUGAGAGAUGCACCACCGCAUCUUCUAGGUCUCAAUAACCCUGAGCGUGUGCGGGAGAUAUUGUCUGAAAUCCACGAGUUGGUUGUCAGCUGUAAACCAAGCUGUUGCAUGACAGCUGGAUAUAAAAUGAAGCUGCUGCUAGAAGCUCCAGCAGCUGCCUGGGUUCUAGCAGAUGCACUAGGGAUUAGAACUGCAGAGAGUGGUAAGGUAAGGUUCUAUGCUGGAGUAUAUAUGAGGAACCUUCUAGCUCAACAAUUACAGGGAGCUGAAAAUAACCUGCUUGAAGCAGCUGGAGAUGGUCCUAUGUAUGGAGUAAUUUACGUGCUUAGAUGUAUCUACGAAGACCUUGUGGAGGAUGAGGUGAAUGAAGACUGGAGAAGGUUGACUAAGGACCUCAUUACCCUCGGCUACACGGUUUCAAGGGUAGUAGCAUCAGUUGUAGCCAGCAACUCACCAGAGGGACAUCUUCCAAUGGAUAAUGAUAUUGACGCUAUGAAGCAGCUGCAAAGAGCCCUGGAAAGAUCAUUAGGAUCACGUGACCCCCCAGCUGACCGCCAGCUGCAACCUGGGAAACAGGAAACUAGAGCGUCAGAUAAGGAUUUCAGUAUUCAGUGUGCACUAUUAGAUAAGGUUGUUGUAAGUGAUGUAUUCUCUGAUGAAAUUGUAGAAAACAUUCUGGAGGGAAUCCUUGAGAAAGCUGUAAACAAGGAUACACCAGUACUCAACCACACUCAGGGUCAUGCUGUACAUCCUUUGGAUCACACAGUACAUCUUGAGCAGGAGCUGAGGAAACUAGAUCAAUCCAAAGAUGUAAACAUGGAGGAGGAGGAAGAGGAAGAAAUUAACUUGGAUCUCAGUGAAAUUGGAAUUGUCAAGGCUAAGGAGGUUUCCUCCCAGAUGUUGCUGCUCUGUGCCUGGAGAUCAGUGAAGGAGCUCUCUUUGUUCCUCGGAGAUCUUUGCUCCAGAGAUUCUUCUGCAACAGGUUCUGGUUUGCUUAGCUCUGAUCAGGUUUUAGAGAUAUCUUCAUUUCUUAUGGAUCUUCUCUCCCAGACUAAACAUCGAGGAGCAUUUGAGCAGGCUUAUGUGGCCUUCACUAAGUUAUGUGAAUGUUUAUGGAGAUCAAGUAUGACUCUCCCUUUAGAAUAUAUGUGGCCAGACUCUCCCUUUAGAAUAUAUGUGGCAAUAGUUAGCACAGAACCUGAUCCCUCUAGUCCAGUAUUCAAGGGAGCAAUGGAUAAACUAAUAGAUCUAGCAAGAGAUGGUUCUGCUGAAGAGAAGUUCAGGGUUCAUGCGUGUAAUAUCCUGAGAGCACUCUUCAGGGAUACAAGAUUAGCUGACUCUGUUGCAGGUUAUGUGGAGGACGGAAUUAAGGUUUCUAUCAAUGGUUUUGAAGCAUCUAGCUGGGCAGAGAGAAAUUCGGGAACUCUUCUUUUCAGUGCUUUAAUUACUCGAAUAUUUGGCGUAAAACGAGAGAAGGAUUCAAGUGAACUCUCCGGAAAGAAUUGUUUGACGGGAAAAGUUUUCUUCCAAAGAUAUCCGUCCUUGCACUCUUUCCUGUUGAGUAAACUGGACCGGGUUCAAGCUAUCUCCGGUACACUUCACCUCCAACCAGCUCUAUACCCAGUUCUACUCAUUCUCUCCAGAGUCUUCCCGUCUCCGUCUGAAUCCAUGAACAAUCCCUUUAAGCUCUCCUCCUUUAUACCGUGUGUGGAUGAGUGUUCUGGAAGUCCAAUAUUGGCAAUUAGGAAACUUGCUGCUCGGGCACUUGUUCCGCUCAUACCACCAGAGAAUCUAGUUGAGUACGGAGAGAAGAUAGUAAAGAAAAUACUAAACUCUGCUCUGACCACAAACCAAUUACAUGGUUUUCUCCUUCAGCUGGUUCAGAUAAAAAAAUCUUGCCCAGCCCUUAGUGUCUCCAACCCUGAUCUGGUAGAUAUCAUGCUCAGGAGGAAUACCUGUCUUCUCAUCUCGGCAGAGUACUUGAUCCUUGUUAACAUGCAGAAUGAUACCAAUAUUGAGAACGUAGAACCUCUUGAAAAUAUUCUAAGGGAGAAGCUUUUUGACGAAAGGAUUGAGUUGAAUAGUAAUCUGUCCUCGGAGGAAAGAAUGACAUAUAAUUCGGACGUUGGGGAUGCUUCAGUGGAUUCCAAUAUUUUGGAGGUUUCUGAGAAAGCUGAAGACAUGAAAGUUUCUAAUUCAGAUCCUUCCCUCAGCUUGUGGAAACCACUCUUUUUUAAGGCUGCCGCUGAAUUUCUGGUGAACCGAAGUUUUGUGAGCGCUGAAUCCGGUCUUCUUCUUAAACUAUUCCUUCAUCAAGAGAUAGAAGUUAGACUAGUAUCCCUUCAACUGUAUAAACAGUAUCUAGUUAAUGGAGGUGAAAGUACACUGAAUAUGGCAGAUAUCAGAAACAUUAUUUUCUGUGAAACCAAGGACACGUGUAUUUCUUUGCUAUUGGAGGUCUGUUUUUAUCUUCCAACUUUAACCUACCAGCAGUCAGAUCUUACUCUAGUUCUAUCCUUAGUUCAGGUCUCCCAGUGUGAUGGUAUUCUAAGUGCUGGUGUAGAACUGGCGGGGAAACUGAUCACUUUUCUCUCCAGUGGACCUCACGUGAAUGGUUUAGAAGAUCCCGGCGCAUUGCCGCGUCAAAAACUUGAUUACGCAGAAAUAUUAAAGCGGCUGAGUUGCGUAGAACAGAGUUCUGUAGUCAGAUAUUCAGUGGUUAAAGCUUUAAAGGCAAAUACAAGUCUGUUAGUUUCUAACUCUAGGCUUGACCAUGAAGAACGAAUAGCAUUUGUGGUCAUGUGGUCUUGUCUCAUAGAUUUUAUUCAUGAUGACGAGGAUGAGAUAAGGAAUGUCUGUAUUAGCAUUAAUAAAAACUUGACAGGAGAAGAAUUUAGUGAGGAAUUGACUGCAACAUCUUUAAUUAAUCAAUGUUAUCGCUGUGUUGGUAAACAAUGGCCCGCCGCCGUCGUUCUGGUGGUUCUUGGGAACAUACUGAAGUAUAUGCUAGACACAGACCAGCAAGGGGGAGCAGACCUGGACACAGAUAAAGCAUUUGACAAGGGAGAAAUGAACUCUUUCCGAGAACUUGAAAUCACCUGCACAACCUUACUAACACCUCUGACCGCUUUUAUUCAACAGUUGUCCCCGAAGCUGUUGCAUAAGGCUGUCACGGAGCAGCUGCCGGUGAACUUACUGGUUAUUUUACUGCCACAUCUUCCAGGCGGGGUUAUCGUGUACUCAGUUCAACAGCUGCUAGAGUACUGCAAGGUUUAUGAUGAGUGGGACGACUUUGAUCGGAGAUAUCUACGUCAGAUGGUGAAAGCUUUGGCUCCAGUCAGUAUAGUGAACCCAGCAUAGUUCCCAUUGUGGUUACUUGAAACAUGUUUUUCGCCAAUCUUCUUUCUGAUGAUUUCAGUUUACACUAUACAUGUUGUUAUAAAGCUAUUUCUUUUUUUCAGAA